GGAAAUAAAUAUGGCGGCUGUUGUAAUAAACAAAAAAGCACUUUCGAUUUCACUAUUUUUAAAAAAUGCUUACGAGAUUAAAAAAUAACGUUUAAAAGGGACAUAAAAGCUUUAGAUUCAUCGUUUUAUGAUCAUCCAUGCAAGAGAUAGUAUUCCCGAAAAGUAGACUCAGUAAAAUAAAAAGUGGAAAAACUAUUGAUUAUUUCUGGCAGUACCAGACGUUUUCGAAUCACAUUUGCGACGUGGAUACAGAAAUGGAGGAAGAUAUCGAAGAAUCUGACGACAUUUUCAAUGUAUAUGAGUUUGAUUGCUAUGACCCAUGGGUGAAAGAAAGGAAAGAUAAUUGUAAAGGCUUUAAAAAGAAAUCACCCAAACAUAAUACAAACAAAAAGAUUAGACAUAAACUGAUGGAAAAAACAAAAGCAGUCGACGAAGACAAUCCAGAAGGUAGAUUGAAGCUUCAAAAAAUCUGUCCUAUUUCCUUGAAAGGUAGACCAUUAAAAACAACACAUACAAAAAGAGAGCUUAAAAAGGCAGUCUUUUUACAUGAACAUUUUAUCAAGCAAAAGAAAAAUAUUUUAAAGCGACUAGACAAAAACGGUAUUAGACGUUUAUCUACUUAUUCUGUGUCUGGUUACUCAGCUGAAUUCAUCCGUGAUUACGGACGACCAAAAAACAAGACAAAAUUCGCUUUAUCAUCUGUUAAAUCUACUACAUUAACACUGCACAACAAAAAACUUCAACUUUUAGUGGACUUGCAAUAUAGAGAGGUAAUGCCAGAGGAUUAUGAACUUCUUCUUUUACUUGACAACACGGUGUUACCUAACGUUGCAAGCAACAAAACAAUGAACCAAUUGGAAACAACCGAAGCUCGAGAAAAAGUUCUAGGCGAUCUAUGCGUAAUAUGUGUGGAAGAUAUUUUAAAGGGCCAGCAAGUUAUUGUCUUGCCAAAGUGUGAACACAUUUUUCACGCGGAUUGUAUUACAAUAUGGUUAACGACUGCAUCAGACAGGUGUCCCAUAGACUCGUUGAAGGUUUAGUGUAGGAAUAAAUAAAAUUAUUUUUUAAAGAGUGUUGUAUUAUUUCCAUAAAUGUAUUCAGUUUACAUAAAAAUAACAUUGUUUCUUCGUAAUAAUCACACUACUUUUCC